AUGAAGCACAACAAUGAAAUCCCGAACUCGCACUUCAGGAAGCACUGGCAAAACUAUGUGAAGACAUGGUUUAACCAACCCGCCAGGAAAACCAGGAGAAGAGUUGCUAGACAGAAGAAGGCUGUGCAGAUCUUCCCUCGUCCUACCGCUGGACCUCUCCGCCCUGUCGUUCAUGGCCAGACUCUUAAGUACAACAUGAAAGUCAGAGCCGGGAAAGGUUUCACUCUUGAAGAGCUCAAGGCUGCUGGUAUCGCAAAGAAGUUGGCUCCAACCAUCGGAAUUGCAGUUGAUCACCGUCGCAAGAACCGUUCGUUGGAUGGUCUUCAGUCCAAUGUCCAGAGGUUGAAGACUUACAAGGCUAAGUUGGUUGUCUUCCCUCGCCGAUCCCGUAAAGUCAAGGCUGGUGAUUCUACAGCAGAGGAGCUUGCUAAUGCAACUCAAGUCCAAGGAGAUUACAUGCCUAUUGUUAGCGAGAAGGCCCCUAUGGAGCUUGUGAAGUUGACUGCUGACAUGAAGGCAUUCAAGGCUUAUGACAAGAUCCGUCUUGAGCGUACAAACAAGCGUCAUGCCGGUGCCAGAGCCAAAAGAGCCGCUGAGGCUGAGAAGGAAGAGAAGAAAUAA